UUAAUCAUCGAUUGUAACAAACGAAAAAUAUUUAAUACGCGGGAAAAAUCGAUGUAAUAAAAUAAAUUAACCAGAUCGAGUACUAAACAUUGAUCGAUGCUCGCUGACUCGAUACAUCGCAAUAUCGCAUAGGCCAUGAAGCGCGAGAUGCGCAUGCGUACAUCAACUUGUUCAUUGCUCUGAUUCAACAUGGCGACUUUGUCACUUUUUCUAUCCCUACUCUGGCCAACUGUUCCUGUCAACUGUUACUAAAUAAUAUUAUACCUAUUCAAUUCAAUCGAAUAUAUACAUUAUUAUAUACACCAUGAAUAUUUAGUAUGCGUGCCGAUUGUUACAAGGAUGACGUGUCUUUUUUCGUUAAUCUUGAAAUUCUGAUUCGUUGGCCGACAAGCUUUCUGGACAAUAAUAGAGAAAAACUUUCUGUGAAACAAUUGUAUAAGAACGGAAGGAUAUUUCAUUUUUUGCGGAAAGGAGCUAAUGGGCACUGCAACUUGGAAACUGGGCGGAAUAAUCCCCAUAAGCCGAAAGUUUGUGGUAGAAAACGCAAAACGCAAGUCUUUAGCGACGAACUGCGCAAUUUAAUAUUCAUAACUUGCAUAAAAUAUGUAUUAAGCGACAGUCGAGGUACAGUUUGGUUCAUGAUAAAAAAAAAACACGUAAGUCUAUGCCAGGAAACGGAACAUUAAGAAAACUGAGAAACGAGCAAUAAGAAGACAGCGUGUUAGCUCAUUAAACCGGCCGUAGAAAAGGACCACAAGUCGAUCGUUUUCGUGCAAUUCGUGUCCUCGUGUAAAAUAAAACAAUAAUGCCACUACAAGUUCAUUUAAAGUGCAAACCAAAUUUUUUUUCUUUUUUUUUUACUUAUCAAGUUGUAAAAGGUAGAUAAGAGCAGUCAGUUUAAGAGAAUAAACUUGUAAAAGGAACGAUAAUACGUUAUGUAUUAAGAGGUUAAGUUAAUUUCGCGUCAUUAAGCUUCGAACGCGACUAAUAAAACAAUCGAAAACAGCUUCGAUCGAUUAUCUUCGAUUCGAAAUAUGAAU